AUGUAUUAUAUUUUUUUGCAGGUUCCAAAAGAUAAAGAUGAAAUGGUCGAAAGAGAGUUUAAUAGAUUACUGGAAGCUACUUCUUAUCUUUCGCAUCAAUUAGAUUUUAAUUAUGUAAAUAGUGCAGGAUCUGGAGGACAAGGCGGUAAUACGCGUCCAGUGUCCUUAGGUCAAGCAUUAGAAUGGGUGAUACGUUUACAAGAACAAGGCGUAAAGCAACGCCAAGUAGCGCAUUUGCGUUCUGUACUCUCAUUGCAAGGACGAUUAGUUACUAAUCAGCACAGAAUGAUUUCCAUUAUGGACCGUUUGGUGGAAUUGAAUAAACAAUACAAGGAAAUGACGGAAAGUAAAUUACAAACUCGAGAUAUAACGCAAGAAUUUGUGCUCCGAUCUAAGUUACGUGAUCUCCAUAAUGCUUGUAAGGAAUGGGAUCAGCUAUCAGAUCAACAGAAAGAAAUCGAAGCAAAGUUGCAAGAAUUGGAGGCUUCACCACCCAGUGACGUCUAUUUAUCGUCCAAGGAUCGGCAGAUACUGGAUUGGCAUUUUGCCAAUUUGGAGUUUGCCAACGCAACAUCUUUAUCAAACUUGAGCCUGAAGCAUUGGGAUCAAGACGACGAUUUCGAAUUCACCGGAAGUCAUUUAACUGUUCGCAACGGUUAUUCUUGCGUACCUGUUGCUCUCUCGGAAGGCCUCGAUAUCCGAUUGAACACAGCCGCCCGAGCGGUGCGAUACGGACCAAACGGCGUGGAAGUCUGGGCCGCACCCUCCCGUAGCCCGCACACAAAUCAUACCGUUUAUAAGGCGGAUGCCGUAUUGGUUACGUUGCCCCUCGGCGUCCUCAAGACGUCCUCGCCGCCUUCCGGGGUCAGCUUCACCCCGCAGCUUCCGGACUGGAAGUCUCAGGCGAUUCAACGACUUGGCUUUGGCAAUUUAAAUAAGGUGGUAUUAUGCUUCGAGCGCAUUUUCUGGGAUCCUACGGCCAAUUUGUUCGGCCACGUGGGAAGUACCACCGCGUCGCGCGGUGAGCUCUUCUUGUUCUGGAACUUAUACAAGGCGCCUGUCCUGCUGGCCCUCGUCGCCGGUGAAGCGGCUUGCGUAAUGGAAAAUGUCAGUGACGAUGUUAUCGUCGGCCGUUGCAUCGCCGUACUGAAAGGUAUUUUUGGAAACCAAGUGGUUCCACAGCCGCGCGAAAGCGUCGUGACAAGGUGGCGCGCGGAUCCUUGGGCACGAGGAUCUUACAGCUUCGUCGCGGUCGGCAGUUCCGGCAGUGAUUACGAUCUUCUAGCAGCGCCUGUGUCAUCCCCGCACAUGCUCAAUCAACCUCCGCCGCAGCCAAGAGUAUUUUUCGCAGGAGAGCACACUAUACGGAAUUAUCCGGCUACCGUACACGGUGCAUUUCUCAGCGGCCUUCGUGAAGGCGGACGUAUAGCCGACCAGCUUUGCGGAAGUCCUUACGCGCCACCGACAAUGGCAGCAUCCGCUCCGCCAGCUCCGGGGAUCACGUCAGCAAGCACCGGCAGUAGCUCGACGUCUUAGUAUUUUUGCGUCUUAGUAUUCUCGCUAUUAUGUUUUUUGUCUUUCUUUGAGCGAAUAAGCUCCGAGGAGAAAAUGGAGAGCUCUUUCUCGAAACUCUUUCGUGAAAGAGAUACAAGAAAAGCUCUCCGUGAGACAAUUCGGUCUCUGUGACAGCUCGACGACGGAAAACGCGCUCGUUGUGUUAGUGCUAUUAUUUCAACAGCUUACGUUUUUUAUGCGAUCGUUCUCGGUGAGUAACUUGAUCCGAUUAGGUAUUAAUUCGAUUGAAAGGAUUGACUGAAAGAAUAACUUGACAAUUUGCGAAAUGCUCAAUUUUUUGUGGCGGUGUAUCACGUUUGUCAGACAUCUCUCUAUCCAUGCACGCAAGUAUAUGCUGCUCAAAUAUUUUGUCUCUCCAUUAUCUAUACAUGUAUUUUACAUUAUAUUAAUUAUAUUUUUAUCCAUAGAAAGAAAUAAGUAUUUGUUAUGGCUUAGAUUAAGUAAUCCUUUACUUUCUUUUUCGUAUAAUAGAUAACAUGCUCUUGUUUAUUUUCUUCGUUCUCCCAAUUUUUAAUUAUGCUUCUGUUAACUUAUCUAUACGAUUUAUUAGAAUUUACAAGUUUUAUGCUAUAUAGAAAUGCUACAUACAAGACAUGAUUUUUGUAUAAUUGAAAGGUAUUAUUUAUAUAAACGUGCACUUAUACAUACGUACACUUAUAUAUAUCAAUAUCUAUAUUUCGAAUAAAUAAGAAAAGCAGUGAUGUGCUCGAAACUGUGUGUGAACCAACGUAAACUGUAUCACAAAAUGUGCGAAGUAAUGCAAAGCCAUAAAGAUAUAUCAUUUUAUGAUGCAAUAUAUAUUAUUUCGUGAUAAUAGAACAAUCAGAAUAGAGAACGAAUCUAAUUAUAUUCAUAUAAAACAUAUUUAAUAUAGCAAAAAAAAAAAAGAUAGACCUAUAAUCAUUUUUACAUAAUAUUAGUUUAUCGCAGCGUAUUUUAUUGUAUACAUAUGCUGAAUUUCAAGAUUUAAGUCUAUCAAAAUUGCUAGCAGAUAAAGCUAUCGAGAUUUCUUCGAAUGUUUGUUGCAUUUAACUGCGUGCGUUUGGACCAUUUUCUUUAAUUAUAUUAUAAAUAAUUUCUGUUUAUAUUCCCCAUCUCAAAUACCCAAUCAUUAUAAAAUAAUGCAGCAGUUAUAAAAGAUAAUUUUAAGGUAAGUUACGUUAUGGACUAUCAAUAUAAUGUAUUACAUUCCUGCGCAAGUAAAGCGCAUAGAAAUUUUCAUUCUACCGUUUCAGGCGAUUACGUAAAUAAUUAAUGUAAUUACAAACUUACAAACUAUACUGUGUUGCAGCUGAGAUUUGACACAUGCAUAUAUGUGGAAAAUAUAUAUGUAACAGAGAAUUUAUAUAUAUAUUACAAUUAAAAGAGAAUUGUUAUACA